CAAAUUAUUUUUCAGGGGCUUGCGGAAAUCUGCCAAGAAACAAAGGCAUUGGCUGCGAAGGCGAGGGAGAGGACAUUGCAGCCUCACGAAUUUCAGGGUGGCACCAUUACAGUGUCGAACCUGGGAAUGUUUGGCGUCAAGAACUUCUCGGCCAUUAUCAACCCACCUCAGGCCUGCAUAUUAGCAGUUGGCAGCACUGAAGAUACACUUAUACCAGACGACGAAAGCAGUACAGGGUACAGGACGGCUAAGGUGAUGUCAGUGACCCUGAGCUGUGACCACCGCGUCGUCGAUGGUGCCGUUGGUGCGCAGUGGCUCCAACACUUCAAGCAUCUACUCGAGAGGCCACACUUGAUGUUGCUCUGAGCACGCUUAAUUAAAAUGUGCCAUGUCCUCUAUGUAAUUUAUGCCGUGUAGGUAGAAGGAACGUCGACAUCUUGCGACCUGCUCAUCUCUCCUCCGCCAUCCUUCCCCGAUUCUUCGCGGACCCAGCUGAGACAAUGCGCCCAGGUGCUUGGCGUCGCAGAGAUUAUGUUGCAGUGACUUAAAAGAAAAUUUGUUGAAAUCCAGCAGCAAAGGAAAACAUCGAAGCACUUCGAGGAAAUGAAGUGAUGGAGCUGGUGUCUUCUAAAGGAGGACAAUGUGCUUGCAGGAAGGUGUUGAUGCCAGUGAUAAUAAUAGAGUGAUUAAAAGACAAUUCUGUCAACCACCAA